AUGAAAAUUCUUGUUUUUUUAAUUCAUUAAUAAAAUGUCUGCUCAACAACAACAACAACAGAAAUUAACCGAGGAGCAAUCCAAAAAGAACUUGGCUCAACUUGGUGCUCUUGAAGAAGAUGAUGAAUUUGAGGAGUUUGCCGCUGAAGAUUGGGGAGAGAACGAAGAGGAUCAAAACGACGCUCAUUUCUGGGAAGAUAACUGGGAUGACGAUGAUAUUGAGGAUGAUUUCUCCAAGCAAUUGCGUGCUGAACUCGAGAAAGAAUCGACCCAACCCCAACCCAUGAAGAUGUAAAAAAAAAGAGAGAGGAAUAGAGAGACAAGUAAAGCAUUUCGCAAAACGUCAACUUACCCACAAACACACACGUAAAAGAAAAUCAACUCUUUUUUGAUAUACUUCUUUACAUUGUACAAACAAUAAAUAUUUCAAGAUUUUUUUUUUUAUUAUUA